GGUGGGGUGUGGCGCAGUACCCAAGCAAGAAGGCUACCUCUGAAGGAGGAUCUGGUCGAGCGAGCUAGGGACAGCUGGUUCCACGAUGGUGAUGACCAAGAGCAGCAAGAUGCUUAACUACAUUAACUACCGUAUGAAGGUGACGCUGCAGGACUCGCGCGUGCUUAUCGGCUACUUUAUGGCCUUCGACAAGCACAUGAACCUGGUGCUUGGCGACUGUGAGGAGUUCCGCACGCUAAAGGCCAAGGUCAAAUCUGCGGUUUCGGAGGAGCGUGUCGAGAAGCGCCACUUAGGCCUCGUGCUGCUACGUGGUGAGAGCGUCGUGUCGCUCACUGUGGAGGGCCCACCGCUCGCUAAGGAGAACGAGACUGUCGGACCGAGUGGUCCCGGUGUGGCACGUGCGGCGGGUCGCGGCAUCCCGGCGGCACCUAUAGGUGCUCCUCCCAUCGGACUUAUGGCGCCUAUGCGCGGUAUUGGAGGCCCAUCCCCAGGAAUGAUGCAGCCAGGGCAAGUGGCGGCAAUGGCUCAGCCGCAUGCGUAUGGACGAGGUCGUGGUAUUCCAGGACCCCCAGGUGGCAUGAUGCCUCCUCCUCGUCCGAUGCCAGGCAUGGGAAUUCCCCCUCCAGGAAUGGGCAUGCCUCCUGGAAUGGGCCCCCCGCCAGGAAUGAUGCCCCCUCCAGGUAUGCGUGGGCCCCCAGGACCGCCGCCUGGUAUGCGCGGCCCGCCGGGUCAGUAGAUACGUUCAAUUCGACUAUCAUUGAGGCAUGCUCACACAAAAAAGGAUGAAUGAAGUACCAGUCGGAAUCAAGCACUGCCCCCGCAGACACAGGCUACCCAGCGUCUUCCCAGGCCACGCAGAGAAAGUAUGACUGACAUAUAAGUUAUAGUAUUUGCUUCUCGUGCGUGCUGGAACUCCCCUCGUGCACAAUGGUAAGUUUUGCCUACUCAGUCCAAUCAUUUUUGCCAGACUACAUAUAAAAGUAUCGAUUAAACUGCUAUUACCGCACCGCGAGUCCUUUACAGCCGAUUCCAAGCAUGCUCUUCCGAGUCGUCCUCGACCACAG